AUGAGGCGUACGCCGGCGGCAGAGCGCCUUUCAGAGCUGGGCUUUUCCCCGCGGCGCGGGCGCCAGGAGCCGCCUUUUCCGCUGGGUGUCACUCGGGGGUGGGGGGGAUGGUCCAUUCAAAAGCGCCGCGAGGGGGCCCGGCCAGUGCCCUUCAGUGAGCGCUUGCAGGAGGAAGGCAGAGACCCGGCGGCUCGCAGCUCUGGGACCUUGUGGCGCAUCAGGACGCGGCUACCUUGCUGCCCCGACCCCGAGCCGCCGCCGCCACAGCCUCUCUGCUUCCUGCGCGUUAGCCUCUUUUGCGCGCUCCGGGCGGGUGGCCGCGGGAGCCGCUGGGGCGAGGACGGCGCGCGGCUGCUGCUGCUGCCCCCGGCCAGGGCAGCUGGAAGUAGAGAGGCCGAGCCGAUCGGCGGCUCGCCCUAUGCCGGGAGGAUGUUGGAAAGCAGCGGCUGCAAGGCGCUGAAGGAGGGUGUGUUGGAAAAGCGCAGCGACGGGUUGCUGCAGCUCUGGAAGAAAAAGUGCUGCAUUCUCACCGAGGAGGGGCUGCUGCUCAUCCCGCCCAAGCAGCUGCAACACCAGCAGCAGCAGCAGCAACAACCCGGUCAGGGGUCGGUUGAGCCGUCCCAAUCCGGGGGCCCCGCUGUGGCCAGCCUUGAGCCGCCAGUCAAGCUCAAGGAAUUGCACUUUUCCAACAUGAAGACCGUGGACUGCGUGGAGCGCAAGGGCAAGUAUAUGUACUUCACUGUGGUGAUGGCUGAGGGCAAGGAGAUCGACUUUCGGUGCCCGCAAGACCAGGGGUGGAACGCCGAAAUCACGCUGCAGAUGGUGCAGUACAAGAAUCGACAGGCCAUCCUGGCGGUCAAGUCCACGCGGCAGAAGCAGCAGCACCUGGUGCAGCAACAGCCCCCACAGCCGCAGCUUCAACCCCAAGCCCAACCCCAGCCUCAGCCCCAGCCUCAGCCCCAGUCCCAAGCCCAGCCACAGCUCCAACCCAGGCCCCAGCCACAACCCAAGCCUCAGCCGCAGCAGAUCCACCCUCAUCCGCAUCCACACCCGCACCCGUAUCCGCAUCCACACUCGCAUCCGCAUCCACACGCACACCAACAACCGCUCUCGCAGCCGCACGGUCACCGGCUUCUCCGCAGCACCUCCAACUCUGCCUGAAGAGGGCAGCACCUGGGCCAGACAAGGUUUUGAGGACUUGAGGAAGUGGGACAAGCACCUUUCUAUUGUCUUCACUUGGAUCGAAAGCAAAACAGUCUCCCAGCCCGCAGCAGAUCAAGUAGUUUGGACAUAACCCGACUGAUAACUUGUGAUUUCACUUAGUUUUCUGCAUACUCUUCAUCACAAUGCAAGAAAUGAUCUCGAGUCCAGAAGGCUUUAUUUAUGAACCUUUGAGAAGGAUCUUCCAGUAUGAUGGACCUUCUAGGAGCGAGGAUGUACUGUAAUUUUAUUUUAAUGUAUUUUGAUUUAUGAUUAUUUAUUAGGUUUUUUUUUAAAUGCUUGUUCUAAGACAUUUCUGAAUGUAGGCCAUUUUUCAAAAAAGAAACUUUAUUUUCAAAAACCUGCUCCCUAGUAAGUUCUAAUCUUGGGAAAGAAGAAAGUAAAAGGGCGGUGGAGGGGACACGUUGAGAGUCCAUUAUUCCUAGGGCAUUUUCAGAAGGUCUGACACUUCAUUGUUAUACCAGGUAGUUGAAAUUAAACUCUCUGAUGUUA